UGGGAGGCAGCUGACGGUGGUGACGGAGCGGUUUGGAUGUAAAUGCCCUCUGCCUCACAGAGUCCUCAUUCAGACCUACAGAAAUACAUCGAUAAUAACUUUCUGUCUCAAGGACAGAUGGCCGCGACAUCAGCGAUUUCCAGCGAUAGGACGGAGCAACGUCCGAGUGCAGCAGCUCCUGCUCCGGUUUAAUCUUGGCAGCCGGCGACGUUACGCAACGAGACCUCGUCUUAAUCAAUGAGCGCCUCGUCCAGCAGAUCUAAUCAAGCUGCUCCCUGGACCGGCUUAUCUGGACUUAUAGUAUCAUCAGAGCCAUCGGCGCCGCAGCACUUUGGCCGCCUUCAGACUUAAAAUGUAUUCAUGAAGGCCUUUUAACGGGCUCAUAAGGAGUGAAUUUAGAGGUCGAUGCGAGUCUUUUAUCAGCAGCAUUUUCUAACAAAGGCUCAGGAGGUUCAAGGAUGGAAGUUUCACCGAGCUCGACCUCCAAAACCGAGGCUGCCUGGAGGUCAACGGCCUGCAGGGGGCGACUUCUCUGAGUUAUCUAACGUUAGCUGCAGAUGAGGCGUUGCGUCGCUGUCGUCCUGGCACUGCUGCAGCUGUGCAGCCCGACGCUGCAGUCCAACUCGCUGCUCUACCGGCUGCAGGACGGCCAGGAGAAGACCAGCAAACCGUGGCUUAACCCUGCGCUGGAAGACAUUGUCCCGUCCAGGGAAGCCACCAACCCUCCUAAAGUUGUGGAGAGCCCAGAACUCGACACCACCUCCCACUCCUUCCCCAUGUUCAACGAGUACGUCAACCUAAAGUGGGUCACCUGGGAUGGUUCCCUCCCCAACGGUGCCGUCGCCAUCUUCAACGGCUACACCGAACGCAACGACUACGUCUGCAAAGUCAACUGCGAGGCCGGAUUCUACACCCCCAGCAAAGGGAACUUCUGCCAGUAUCCCUACGCCGACAACGAGUACGCCUCCUCCAAGUUCGAGGUUCUGGUCAAUGUUGACCACUUUGAGUUCCUGCAGUGGGUUGAAGAUUCGUACGGUUCCGUCCCUCAGUACUCCAUCAAAACCUGCCCUGACAAGGACAUCUACGUGGGCAAGAACAAGUAUGGACUCGGCAAGGUGGUGACCCAACACGAGGCCUUCUUCCUGCCCUGGGAGGGUGACGAGUACUGGUACAAGAACUACCAGGUCUUGGCCAUCAACCGGGACAGCUACAGCCAGCACAUCUCCCACGUGGAGUAUGCCAUUGACCAGAUGGAGCUGUUCCACCAGCCGCCGGAGGCCCUGAAGAUCGCCAAGGUCACCAACCUGGAGUGUCGGGACGUGGUGAAGACGGUGACGUUGGAGAAGACCACCCGGACAGAGAAGACCUGGGACAUCGGCAGGGAGACCCGCAAUGGCUCUAUGUCCACCAUGUCGGCCAAAAUUCCCAUCCUCGGCCCAGGCAACGUGGACUUCACCAAGGAGCAGACGGUGACCUUCUCAGAGGGAACCACCAUGGUGGAGUCCAUCAGCCACUCGGUGUCGGUGGAACUGGUGGUAUUGCCGAACCACUCGUGUGCAGUGAGGAUGGACGGCCGGAAGAUGAAGGCCGACAUCCCGUUCACAGGCAGGCUGAGCCGGACCAACUACAACGGGGACACCCACUGGACCUACAUCACCGGAACCUACGACGGCGUGAACGUUGGCGAGAUCACGGCGGUGGUGGAAAGAUGUCAGCCGGUGACCGACGCCGUUCCCUGUUCACCGGAACAACAAUAAACACCUGUCUGUUCAAGUCACAGCUCAGAAAGACGAGACUAACUCUGUUUUUCAAAGAAAAAAUCAAUAAAAAUUCAAAAAGAA